CAAUUACCUCAAGAAUCGAUCAAGAUGUAUUGCAGGUCUGCCUACGUUUCCGAUUUUUUCUCCCUGGCGGGGUCUUUCCACGCGCCCGUGGUGCUACAGAUGGACAAAGUUUAACACAGUCGCGCUGCCAAUUCCUCUCCUCCCAUGCAAAGAGGGAAAGGGAAGAAGAGAUAUGACGGAGUACGAUGAUCGCAGCUGUGCGUCAAAUAUGUAUUUACCGAGCUGUACUUAUUACGUUUCGACGCCCGAUUUCACAUCAGUGUCCUCGUUUUUACCGCAGACCACUUCGUGCCAGGUUAAUUUCCCCUAUUCUCCCAACCUAGCCCAGGUCCAACCUGUUCGAGAAGUCGCUUUCAGGGAUUAUGGACUGGACCACCCCAGCAAAUGGCACUACAGGGGCAAUUACGCGUCUUACUACUCGGCGGACGAGAUAAUGCACCGGGACUUGAUCCAGUCCUCCAGCAGCAGCAGGGCGGAAGUGAUUUUCAAAAACGAGUCCUUGUACGGCCACCACGGAGGUACCAGCUCGCCGUGCAAUUUCUUCACCGGUGUCGGUCGAAACGGGGUUCUCCCCCAGGGCUUCGACCAGUUUUUUGACCCCCCUAACCCGGACAAGCUCAGCGCGGAGCUCCUCAAACAAAAGACAGACUGUGCUGCUCCGGGAGAUGCUACAGAAAACGAGGAGCCUUUAACCAAAGUGGAGCAGCAGGAGCAGCAGCAGCAGCAGCAGCAGCAGCACAAAGCGGAUCCGAGCGCGAGCGUGGACGAGGACUCAUCCUCCAACUGCGGCGACAAGAACAACCAACAGAGUUCAUCAACCAAGUCCAGGAAGAAGAGGUGUCCUUACUCCAAAUACCAGAUCCGAGAACUUGAACGAGAGUUUUUCUUCAACGUGUACAUUAACAAAGAGAAGCGGCUGCAGUUGUCCAGGAUGUUAAACCUGUCUGACCGCCAGGUGAAGAUUUGGUUCCAGAACAGACGAAUGAAGGAGAAAAAGCUGAACCGCGACCGCCUACAGUAUUUCACCGGGAAUCCUUUAUUCUGAUAUUCUGACAUGGCAACACACACACACACACACACACACACACACACACACACACACACACACACACACACACACACACACACAUACACACACGUAAAGACUCUGUAUAUUUGUCCCAUUCUCUCCAAACUGUUGAUUUCACAGACAUAUGGCAUUUUAAAAAACAAACAAGGUGCCACCCUCUCUUUUCUUGCAUUUAUUUAUUCUGUGUUCCUAUAUUUCCGCGUAAGUGGCAACACAUAUUUCCCCAAUGCGCGUGCUGCGUUUUUGCAAAUUAUUUAUAUUAACUAUGUGUAGCCUUCUUCCUUAACUGUGUACUGUAAUGUGCAUUUAUAAAGACGCAUGUAAUGUACGUUGUGGUGUGAAAUUAAGUAGACACGAAACAAAACAAAACAAAAAAAACAAUAAGUAUUUUAGUCACAAAACGUGUCACAUGAACCAAGUGGUGUGAAAACGUUCAUGUGGGGAUUUUUCUACACAGAGUGCAGAGGGUUUGCAGAGGGUUUGCUGAUUGCAGGCCUAAUGCUCCCGUUAUUUCCUUUUCUUUCUAACACUGUGGUGUUUACUAAACCUUGAACCGUCUAGACAGUACAAUAAACGUAGCUGUAAAUGUCUAAAUAGGGGGCUAUUGGACUUUGGUGUCCCAGCCCCCCAGACCACAAGAAGACAACAAGACUUUUUAUUUUCUUGACUCACAGUAUAGUUUCACGUCAGGCUACAAAUGUGAGGAGAAUCCAAGAGAAUUCGUCUAUAUUUAGCCUCCCUGCAACUGAACUGUUGCAGGGUUAACGUGGGGAACAAUGGAAUAUAUUUUGAUGAGGACCGCCGUUUGAAAAGAUAAGUAAUCUUUCAAGUUUAUGUGCUCGCGUAGAAUUAAUAAUGGGCGUAAUGUGGCUUUGGAUCUGCUGCAGAGGAAGAUGGUUUCUAAAUAUAACAAGGGAGGCAGAGGUGGAAAAAAACGGAUUUUGCUCUUUAAUUAUUGCAGGUGAGAGUUGGAUAUGCAAGAAGUAAAGCCUUCACUUCACACAUCACAGCAGCACUUGGCUAUUAUUCUUAUUUUUGUAAUGGCUCAACAAAAUACAUGCAUUAAUUCCACAUCUAAUCCCUUUGAUACAAGUGUAUAUAUAUAUAUAUAUAUAUAUAUGUGUGUGUGUGUGUGUGUGUGUGUGUAUAUAUAUAUAUAUAUAUAUACAUAUGUACACAUAUGUGUGUGUGUUUUCAUUUUUCGCUUCAAGUGUCUGCAGCAACAAUUAGGCCUCGCUCCUCCUGUUUUCAGCGACCUUCAAGAAAACAUUAGAGCGGGAUUAAUGCUUAUUUCAUUCGGUAUACUUCCCCACAAUGGCUGUUAGAAAACUGAGGUUUCAUUAAGCGUUUAAUUGGGUUGUCAUCAUGUCCUACAGUGAAAUUACAUGACCAACUGUGUUGAGUGUUUCACUCUGUUUCUCGGUGUAUCCACAUGAGGGCAGACUUGCUACUUGGGCUCGAGGUUGGAAAUGCAGAGUUCAGCCAAAUUGACACCCAUGCAGCUUCACCCUGCACGAAAAUUAGCCAGUAAAGGAAACUCCGUUCUAUACAGUUUUUUUAUAUAUAUAUAAAGGUUUUUAUUUUGAUUUCAACUGCACUCAGUCGCUAUAAAUGUGCUGUUUUCAUCAAAGUUAUUAUUGGUUUAUAAAAGGGAAUAUUUCCUGCCUGGUUUGAAACCAAACAAUUAAAAAGCUGUAUUUUCUCUGAAGGUCUAGCGAAAGUAUUAUUGAAUGUAACACAUGAUCAUUUUUUUUAAUUACAUUUUUAUUUCACUCGUUGCUGUGUUUACAUGAAGCGAAUGCUGCGUGGUGUCGUUCCCACAGCAAUUACACGCGUAAGUCACGUUCAAGGGUUUUAAAAGUGCAAGGAAAACAAAAGAAAAUAUAAUUCCUCCUGUGUCUUUUUUGUCUUGUGAACUUUAUAGACCUCGAUGUGUACCUGAAGGCCACACAGAGUUAUAGGCCACUGAUAUAGGCUCCACAUAAGGCAUCGUGCUGAUUAUAGAUAUAAAUACCCUUUGUUUUUCUUUUUAAAUAUCAUUUGAGUUUGGAGUCGUUGUUAUUACAGUGUGUCCGCUUCUGUAUUUCUUUCUACUUACUGUAAAAUAUUUGAGCUGAGCUCCCUCACUAAAGGCCUUGUUUUAGUUUCCCAAUUUCUCUUUUCAAUGUCCGUGUCCCCCCCUUUUUUUAAACUUCCAAUCUUAUUUUUUUGUAUCCUUAUAUUUUAAUCAUCCAUAUGGCUAUUGCCAUUUUAUAAUUAUUAUAAUAAUAUUAUAUUGCGUAUACAUGAAUAAUAUACUUCCAUAUUAAAUAGUUUUAGUGCGCCUGAUGUAAAAAAAAUGUUAUCUCUGAGUGACUGUCGAAGGAAAAAAGAAAAAUAAUAAUAAUAAUUAAAGCAAAACGGAUGUUCGUGUUGUCAAUUGUCUCGGUUAACUGUCUCAGUUUCAGUCAAAGAUCUCAGUUCUUUUCUUUAUUGACCAGUUUAAAAAUAAUAAUAAAUAUGAUGGGCUGUGGUUAAUGGAAUCUCCAAAGUUAUUUCGUAAUAAAACGGGGGGAUAAUAAACAGGCCUGUGUUUUUGUUGUGUGAAUCCCGCAAUGUUGUUGGUUUGCAUAAAACAGUGUUUACACAUUUCUAACACUUUGUGACGUUUGUUUUGUUUGAACUUGUCGCAUCGAUACCAAAGAUAAUUUUAUUUCAAAACCCAUUGCAUGUUUUUAUUAUUUUCAUUAUUACUGUUAGGACAUAAAGACUAAUAGAUUGUUGGUCGGUUUAUUUUUCCAGCACAAGUUGAUUUUACUUUUAUUUUCCUCAGUCUUUAUCUUGUACACAUUUGUCCUCCUUGAAGACAAAAUCAAUGGAACCCUAAGCAAAUAUAUUCACGUGACCACCACAUUCUUUUUUUUUUCUUUUUUUUUGAAAAACCCUUAACUUUGUAUUCUAACGUCAAAAAAAAUACACUUGUGACAAAAUGCAAACAACGACAUUGCCGUUAAUAAUGUGUGUAAUAAUAAAAGACACAUUUCUAUCUGGA